GCCUGUGUAAAAUUGGAUUAAUUCUUGGCCGUUAACGCUCCCGUGCUUGUUGACUGUUGAUUCCGCUGAUAAGUUGCCGUGCACGAUGUAUGUUAAUAGUCUGAUAUUUCUGUGCUGCAGUGCCGGACUAAUUGGACAUCAUAACAAUAUCAUCGCGGCCAGCUCGGUGAAGACCUCGGCCUUGGUCCGGCAACUCCUCGCCGCUGAAGACGUCCACGCGCCGCCCAACGCCGACCAGCCGCGCGAACCGGUGGUCGUCGACGUUAGCCUACAGGCUACCGGGAUACAACAUGAUCGUCGGGAGUCGGAUUUGGUAAUCUUCCUCGGAUUUCUGGAUCUGAGCUGGACGAACAGCCGGCUGACAUGGGACCCGCUGCAGCACCACAACAUCACCGCCGUACGCCUUCCGGCCGACCGUGUCUGGCUGCCCGACAUCACGCUGUAUAACAGUGCGUUCAUUAACAGCUACGAUACGCGCAGUCGCGCUGUGUUCCCCGAAGAAAAACAGUUGGUCUCGGUGCGUUCGGACGGCGCUGUCACGUGGAUACCGCGCGUGACCUUCCCGUUGAGCUGUAAUAGCACGCGGAAUACAGCCGGUGAUGAAGUGCAUUGUGUUAUCAAACUAGCUUCGUGGAUGUAUGACGGUUGGCUGGUGGAUUUUCAGGCGUCAUCGGGCGACAUAAUUCACAGAACCGACUAUGCAUAUUCCCAGCGCGGUUCCCGCUACCGUAUAGUCGACAGCAAGGUACGCCGCAACGUCGUCUUCUACCCCUGCUGCAUAGAGCCCUACCCGUCCAUCGACAUGACCUUUACAGCACGAAGUGCAGCAGCAUCGCCACUAAGGCUCGCUUAGGCCGCUCUCAUACUCAAUUCCCUGCUAAUAAAAUGCGCUAGACUGUGGACUAUGCACCGUUAAUUCGUCGGGCCAGCAACGGUAAUGCCGCGGCCCGCCGGCAUCUGUACAUUACUCCUACAAAUGAAUACAUACCAGUGCUAGCCGCUCUGCACGGAAUAAUCAUUCUUUACUCAGUUUGCUGCUAAUAAUAGUAAUAAUUCGCUAGUGCGGUGGGUUGUGCUAAACUGUUAAUUAUUUAUUGCUGUUGCUGUCUGUUAGUGUUCGGCCUGUGUUACGCCGCGCCCCUUCCAGUGUAUACCAUCCGGUUCCAAUAUUUUAUUGCAGUCGGCCGUCGCCCGUUUAUUAAUGUCCGAAAUGGCGCCAAUUCCGUUGUUGUUACGCUGUAUAAGAGCAUACGUGCUUGCCUCUACCGCACAGAUGUGUAAUAAAGAACAUUAUUUUCUUAUG